CUAAUUUACAGUAACGUUAGAUAGGCAAAAAAUCGGUACAAAUUUACAAUAAACCGAACCUAGUCCAGUGUUAAAAUAGCAGCUGAUCUGUGGUGUGCGCGUGUUGUGCUUUUGUUACUAUUACUACUUAAAAACUUUUUUUUUCAGGCAAUUUUUUUUUUAAUUUGUCGUGAAUGGGAAAACCCAAGCAAAAUGAUUCAAGGGCCGUGGCUGAUGAUAUUUCUGGUCUUCAUUAGCACGUUUCAAUGGACGUGCAUAAAAGCGCAACAUCCACACGAAUACAAUUUAAACUGGCAAGAAUAUUCAUUCCUUCUUAAAGUAAAUUAUACAGGAACAGAAAGAACAAAUUCACAUUUUCAAGAUACCACAACUCCUAUCACAGUGGAUUCAAAUAAGUAUAAGUAUGAAAACAGAGCAAUAAUAACGACUACUAAUGUUAGAACUUCAACAACAAACUUAACAAAAUCGCAACAAUCAAAUCAUAGUACCAUUCUUGCCAGUAAAACACCUCAAAUCAAGUCCUCACCUAUAGUUGUACUUCCUAACUCUACUAAAAAGGCUGUUCACACAAUUCCUGUGAAAAAACCAGACCAACCAAUUAUUGUCAAAUGUUCUAAGAAUGAUGGUUAUUGUGAACACGCUGACAAUUACCCAAGACGUGAUUUACAACAAAUUCUUCGCACCAGCAAAUUUAUACCAAGUGGACUAUUUGGAGAAGAUCCCACAGAAUUUAUAAAGGUACCACAAAGUACUAUAUCCCGGCCCCAGCCAAUGUGUGCUUCAUUAGAACAAAUAAUCUAUCCAGAAGCAGCCGUUGAUAAAAACCUUGAAUGGCGUUAUAUUUUUCAAGGACCAAAUAAUGACACUAAUAAAUAUAGACAAGGCAUUAGAGUGGAAACGUGUAUAAACUCUGGAGAACCAUGCAAGUUUUGUGAGCAUUUACCGAGCGGUUAUACAACAAUCUGUGUGCAAAAAUACAUAUACAGAAAACUAGCGGCAAUAAAAGAUUCAAAAGAAAUGUAUUAUGAUAGUUUUAGAAUGCCAUCUUGCUGUGCAUGCAUGUAUACUGCAGAUUUAGAUCUUUCUUCUGAACUUCUCCCAGAAAUUUGAUUCAGGCAAAAUACUAGAAGAAAUGUCAAUAAAAGAACCACAUUAAAGAAAACAUGUGUAGAUUUAAAUAAAAACAAAUAAUUAUACUUAUGAUUAUAAAAAAAAUUACCUAACAAUAUAAAGUAAUAUAUU